CACAGCGUCUAGUCUGCCGGAAAGACACACGAAGAAGAAGUCAACAGAACCGUCACAUUCACAGGCAUUUACAGUCAUUCCAGUGCGUCGGCCGCGAAAAUCACGAAGACAACAAUGAUGUUUUUGGCCAUAAUUUAAUACAGUUUAGUGAUAGGUAUGAGGUUAGCAGUGUGGUUAUGGUUAGGUUCAAAAUCACAUUUUUAGAAUAUAAAUUGUAGAAUUGGGCGGGGUUUAUGGCUUUGGUAACGAUUUGUGUAGUGCUGCAGGGCAUUUUCAAGGUAGGCACAUCACCUUGUGACAUUCACAAUAUUAUGUGCAGAGAUAGGCUCGGUUUGUGUUAUGUGAGCAAACGGUUUCGAGGCGGGUAAAGAGGACGUACUGGACGUUGCAAGUGAUACACGGUCGAAUCUUUCAGAUACAUUCAUGGAUUUAUUUAGAAUGUCAGUCACCACCAAAAACGAUACUCUGUAACCUGCCUUUCAAGCCACCGACAUCUUUCCAGGAGAUAACCAUUGAAGUUCUGCUUUCAUCGCUCCUGAAGUAAUUUCCUAACCAAGAAGACUGUGCUGUCACAAAAGGCCAGCUCUGUGCCAGGCAAGAUGACCACAGCCAGGUAUCGGCCCACCUGGGACCUGGCACUGGACCCGCUGGUCUCCUGCAAACUCUGCCUUGGAGAGUUCCCGCUGGAGCAGAUGACCACCAUUACUCAGUGCCAGUGUGUCUUCUGUACACUAUGCCUGAAGCAGUAUGUGGAACUCCUGAUCAAAGAGGGCCUUGAAACUGCAAUUAGCUGUCCAGACUCUGCCUGUCCAAAACGAGGACACUUGUUGGAAAAUGAGAUUGAGUGCAUAGUGGCUACAGCGAUUAUGCAGAGAUACAAGAAGCUGCAGUUUGAGAGGGAGGUGCUUAUGGACCCGUGCCGGACGUGGUGCCCAUCGUCGUUGUGCCAGGCAGUGUGCCAGCUGAAGGAGAUGGAGGUGGCGCAGCCCCAGCUGGUGAAGUGUGCCGUGUGCACCCUGGAGUUCUGCUCGGCCUGCAAGGCUAACUGGCACCCCGGGCAGGUCUGCCCACCCCAGGAGAACAACCUGCCCAUCACCGCUUUCCUCCCCGGAGAGACCAGCUCCUUCUACAAGAGUGACGAUGACGAUGGUCCCAUCAAGCGCUGUCCCAAGUGUAAGGUGUACAUCGAGAGGGACGAGGGCUGUGCCCAGAUGAUGUGCAAGAACUGCAAACACGCCUUCUGCUGGUACUGUCUGGAGUCACUGGACGAUGACUUCCUCCUGAUCCACUAUGACAAAGGGCCCUGUCGAAACAAACUGGGCCACUCCAGGGCGUCUGUCAUCUGGCACAGAACACAGGUGAGUAAAGUGGUGGGGAUCUUCGCUGGCUUCGGCCUUCUCCUGCUGGUGGCCUCUCCCUUUCUCCUCCUGGCCACGCCCUUUGUCCUCUGCUCUGCACCGUCUCGGCCCAGCCGCAUCCCGAUCCAUCUCGCUCGCAGUGUCAUGGUGGGAGAGGAGGAGUUGUGUUGACCCUGUGCUCCCUGGCCUGGUGGAAGAUGGGUUCACAGAGGUCAGACUUUGUGGACGACAACGACGCGCCUCUCUGUGGGCUUGGGGGCCAUGUGUCCGUUUACUGUAGCAGGGCCAUGCUGAGGCCUUGAGGUGAGCUACAGGCAGUGGUGUAGUACAGAACCGAAGAGGAUGUUUUAUCAAGAGAAGGGGGAUAAAGAUGUGAUGUCUGAAUCCUCUUGUUGGAGACAGUUUCAUGCAGGAGCUGCUACUAUUGGAGGACCUUCACCUUAACUCGUUUCAAGUCGAGUUUCUUGUUUUUGUUGGUUUGUAAAACACAAAGCUUUCCCCCCACCCCUCUACUCUCGCUUUUUAUCUCUCAACAUACAGGAAAUACCACUGGAGUUGGUGUUUUGUGUUUACUCUGUUUGCACAUUAAAGACACUCAGUUUGUCGCUUUAAGUACCAGGGCGGGAGUCGGGAGGUUUUCUGUCUCUCACUCCCCUGUACAG